AUGCAUUUGACAUGUACCAUUUGUGUUGAUAUUGGAUUCUGUUCUUACUGGGGCUUUCGAAGUUUUUGUCAGUUGGAAUUUUGUCUUACGAAUUUUUUCACUUUUAGUUCCAGUGCAUAUGCAUUUGCUACGGCUCAUGGGCACGAGGAAGUUGAGGCUCAGCAUGAGGCUAACAACUUAACUACAGGAAGUAACAGUACAUCCAAGCCUAGUGGAACUUAUAGUGGGUAUUGUGGUCAAAAUAAUUUGCAGCUGCAACAGAAACUAAAUGGGGCUUGUGCGGAUGGUUCAAGGGACCCCCAGCAGAACUCAAAUCAGUAUAAUCCUAGUUACAAUGGGGAGGGAUCCACAGAAGUCAGACAGAAUCCAGAUGGUUUUGGUUCACAAGGCAAUUCAGGGUUUCAGGGAAACCUGAAUCAGAAUUGUAUGCAGAAUGUUGCACAAUAUCAGCAAAAUGUAAAUGGUUAUUACACAAGGAACGAUGCAAUGCAUCAACAGAACCCUAGUCAUGGACAGUAUCAGCAGAACCCUAGUUGUCGACAAUAUCAACAGAACCCUCAUUAUGGACAAAAUCAGCAGAAUCCUAGGGAUGGAAAAUAUCAGCAAGGCUCUAGUUGUGGACAAUAUCAGCAAGGCCCUAGUCAAUAUCAGCAAAGCCCGCAUGUUGGACAAUCUCAAACAAAUACGGAUCCUUUUCAAAACAGGAUAGUGGAUUCUCAACUAGCAAGUCAGUCUAAAUCUCAAGGAAAACUGAUUGAGGCUUCUGAAAGUAACCCAUACAUUGGUACUCUUCAAAAGUUGGAUAAUUUUUGCAAGGAGGGGAAAGUUAAGGAGGCUGUGGAGAUCUUGGGUGUGCUAGAGAAGCAGCACGUUCAUGUGGAAUUGCAUCUGUAUUUACAGUUAAUGCAGGCAUGCGGGGAGGCUAAAGCUUAA